AUGGAUCCUAGCAUGGGUGAGAUGGGAUCACUGAAAGUGGAAGUAGCAGACACAUUCAGUACAUACAACAAGUUCUUGCAAUUUUUCCCACCAACCGGUUUAUCACCUCUGCACUGGUUAGACGGGGUGUCAUGCCUUGCUCACCCAUCUCUCCAACAGCCUUUGUCAAGACAUUAUGUGACCUUCAUGGGGAGCGGGGUGAAAAUGCUGGUUAGGACUGCCUUGAACCCAUGCACAUAUGCCGUCAAGGGGGAAGAGGAGUUAAAGUUCCAGAUGCUCUAUACAAUGGAUGGUAAUAACUCAUUGAAGAGAAUUGUUAGAAGGACCACUCCCGAGGACAACAACCAGCUUGUAGGCAAGACUUGCAAACUUCCAGACUCCAGGGAGGUUGACGGAGAUAAAUAUCUAAACAUGGUUCAAAGCGGCAAAUUGGAGAAAUACCCUUUGGCGGUGGUGGAAGAGAUCCUCAACACAUUUGGGGAGGAUAUAGCAGGCGUGUUUGAUAUUAACUGUAAAUUCAAGACCACCCUUAGUAAAAGCCUGCUUGGCCCACACGGGGAUGAAUUCAAAGUAAACUAUAACCUCACCAGCUUCUUGUACAAUAACUACCAACAAGCUCUGGAUAUCUUGUCCAAGAGUUCUAUUGGAUUUAAAGAUACAGUUUAUGACCUUAGUGUGACAGAUGAGAGUGUUUUCAAGCAAUGGCUGAAAGAAGAGAAAGAAUAUUUGAUGAGCUUGCAGAAAGAACCCACUAAAGAAACAUUACACAUGGAGUAUUGGCAAAAGCUGGUCAAUGUGCAGGCUAACAGAGUAGAGCUUGAGGCAAUCACAAAGGCAUGGGAAGCUGCACAAGUCCUGACAAAGGAGCAGCAAGUGGUUCGCCAAAUUGCUAUGGAAAACUACGAGAAGAACCUCAAGGAUGUGCAACAGUAUAAGUUAAAGUUACACAUCUUAACUCGGUGGACACCAGAUUCUAAGGAAUAG